UAAGUGGGCUGGUCACACGGUGUCACGUGACCUGACACUAGAAGCAGCGAUGGAGAAAAGCUAAGGAAGGAAUCUGCCCUGGCAGUGGAUUCCUCUCUACCCAGAGUGCUUGUGGAAUGGCAGCAGUUUGGCAGCAGGUUUUGGCAGUGGACGCAAGGUACAAUGCUUACCGCACGCCUACGUUCCCACAGUUCCGAACUCAGUACAUCCGCCGACGCAGCCAGCUGCUCAGAGAGAACGCCAAGUGUGGCUUUGAGCCGGGGCUGCGCAGGCAGUACCUGAGGCUGCGCAGUCAGCUGCUGGCCCUGCGCUACGGGCCCCUGUCCGAGCAGAGCAGCUUCAGGGCCAGCAGUGUGCGCAGCUCCCGCACCACACUGGACCGCAUGGAGGUCAGACCCAAAGAAACAGAAAGGGCAGGGGAAGUGGAAGAGAAAGAACAGGCGGGGGGUGACUUCGAGGAGGACCCCCGCGCCCAAGGGGCUCGUGGUCACCGCCGGUCCGUCAGCAGAGGCUCCUACCAGCUACAGGCCCAGAUGAACAGAGCCGUCUAUGAUGAAAGGCCUCCGGGCAGUUUGGUGCCCACCUCAGUGGCAGAGGCCAGUCGUGCCAUGGCCGGAGACACAACUCUGAGUGAAAAUUAUGCUUUUGCUGGCAUGCACCACAUAUUUGACCAACAUGUAGACUCUGCUGUUCCACGGUUGCAGUUUGCCAAUGACGACAAGCACCUCCUGGCUUGCUGCUCCCUGGAUGGCACUCUGUCCAUCAUGACGUUGUCCCCAUCUCCCCCCAGUGUGAAGGUGACCCUUAAAGGUCACGGAGGUCCUGUCACAGACUUUGCUUGGUCUCUGAGCAAUGACAUCAUUGUGUCGACAUCACUAGAUGGGACUCUGCGUAUCUGGAACACGGAGGAUGGUCGGUGCAUCCGAGAGGUCAGAGACCCAGAAUCCAGCGAGUUGUUGUGCUGCACCUUCCAGCCCAUGAACAACAACCUUACUGUGGUGGGAAACAGCAAGCACCACCUGCAGGUGGUGAACAUCUCCACUGGGAAGAAGGUGAAGGGGGGCUCCAGUAAGCUGACAGGCCGCGUGCUGUCUCUCUCCUUUGAUGCUCCAGGGAGGAUCCUUUGGGCUGGUGAUGACAGGGGGAGCAUCUUCUCCUUCCUCUUUGACAUGGCAACAGGGAAGCUGACCAAAGCCAAGCGCCUGGUGGUGAGUGAAGGCAGCUCCAUCUGCAGCAUAUCUGCUCGGUCCUGGAUUAGCCGAGAGGCCAGAGACCCCUCCCUGCUGGUCAACGCCUGUGUCAAUAAGCUGCUGCUGUACAGGGUGGUGGACAAUGACGGUACACUACAACUGAAGAGAAGCUUCCCUAUCCAGCAUGGUUCCCAGCACGUUCACAGCAUCUUCUGUCCCCUCAUGUCUUUCAGACAGGGGGCCUGUGUGGUGACUGGCAGCGAGGAUGCCUGCGUGUACUUCUUUGACGUCGAACGCAACACCAAGGCGAUAGUGAACAAACUCCAAGGUCACGGGGGACCAGUGCUGGACGUCAGCUUCAACUGUGACGAGAGUUUACUGGCAUCCGCCGAUUCCACUGGCAUGGUCAUCAUCUGGAGGCGGGAGCAAAAGUGACUGAUCCACCAAUAAAAAUGCUUCCAUCCACCUGCCGCUCUUUACCCGUCCAGUAACAAGUCUGUAGGUUUUCACUGGAAUGUAACAGGCUGCAUUUAACGUUCAACGUAAUAAUAACUCAAGUGCAAUCAGAUAGAACACCGUGCUGUGUAGGUGGUAGGGAAUGUCUUAGAAAUUCAAGGGACUGGGGGGUGGGUUGUGAGUGUGUAUGUAUGUAUGUAUGUGUGUGUGUGUGUGUGUGUGUACUCCUACAGCUGCAGCUGAGAAAUUGCUUUUCAACAAAGAGAGAAAGAGCACUACUCCCAUGCAUGUGUCAUGGCUUACCUCUGACUUGUACGGAUAUGACUGAAUUCAUGUGAAGAGGCUACAGCGUAAUCUUCCAGAGAGAACAGGUCCAACACUUUGUAUCACACUGACAGCCCCUCUGGCAUAGAUCUAGUUCACUAUUUAUGUGACUGUUACUCAAGCGGUGUAAUCAAGUGUAGUAAAAAAAUCGCCGUCUUUGCUUUCAGUUCUGCAAUUGCCUGUUUGCAUUUGAGACCAUGUGCAUGACAUAGAACUCCGAAUCGGUCUGUGGGCAUAUCAAAUUGAUCUUCACAAAAGACAAGUGUGUUUUUAAGUAUGUGUUUGUACUUAUCUGUGUCUGUGUGUGUGUAUUCAGUUCAUGCUGGUUGCAGAUUCAUAUAAUUUAUUUAACGCACAUACAGAAUAAACUACUGUAACUGUC